ACCCGGAUGUGCUAGGCCAUGUGCAGUCCCCACCGUGCAGCUCUCCCACACGGCUCGUCCUUCUCCCUCCGCUCAGACGUGCACCUCGCAGCAGCUCCACGCUUUUCACCUCCUAAAGAUGUUUCGUUUACCAACAGUCAUGAAGCAGGUGAGGCCCGUGUGCAGGGCGCUGGCUCCCCACCUCACACGAGCCUACGCUAAGGACGUCAAGUUCGGCGCCGAGGCUCGUGCCCUCAUGCUGCAGGGAGUCGACCUGCUGGCCGACGCUGUGGCCGUCACCAUGGGCCCAAAGGGCCGCAAUGUCAUCAUCGAGCAGAGCUGGGGCAGCCCCAAGGUCACCAAGGACGGCGUGACGGUGGCCAAGAGCAUCGACCUGAAGGACAAGUACCAGAACAUCGGCGCCAAGCUGGUGCAGGACGUGGCCAACAACACCAACGAGGAGGCCGGCGACGGCACCACCACCGCCACCGUGCUGGCCCGGGCCAUCGCCAAGGAGGGCUUCGACACCAUCAGCAAAGGCGCCAACCCCGUGGAGAUCCGCCGCGGAGUCAUGAUGGCCGUGGAGACCGUCAUCAAUGAGCUGAAAAAUCUCUCCAAACCCGUCACGACCCCCGAGGAGAUCGCACAGGUUGCAACAAUCUCAGCCAACGGAGACGUGGAGAUCGGCACCAUCAUUUCCAACGCCAUGAAGAAAGUUGGCCGCAAGGGAGUCAUCACUGUCAAGGACGGGAAGACUCUGCACGAUGAGCUGGAGAUCAUCGAGGGCAUGAAGUUCGACCGCGGUUACAUCUCCCCUUACUUCAUCAACACCGCCAAAGGUCAGAAGGUUGAGUUCCAGGACGCCUACCUGCUGCUGAGUGAGAAGAAGAUCUCCAGCGUCCAGAGCAUCGUGCCAGCUCUUGAGAUCGCCAACCAGCACCGUAAACCGCUGGUCAUUGUGGCCGAGGACGUGGACGGAGAGGCCCUCAGCACCUUGGUGCUCAACAGGCUGAAGGUCGGCCUUCAGGUUGUGGCUGUUAAAGCUCCAGGCUUCGGAGACAACAGGAAGAAUCAGCUGAGGGACAUGGCCGUCGCCACCGGGGGAACCGUGUUCGGAGAUGAUGCCGUUGGUAUUGCUCUGGAAGACAUCCAGGCUCACGACUUCGGUAAGGUCGGCGAGGUGCAGAUCACCAAAGACGACACCCUGCUGCUGAAGGGAGGCGGAAACCCGGCUGAUGUGGAGAAGCGCUCGGCGGAGAUCAUCGAGCAGCUGGAGAACACCACCAGCGACUACGAGAAGGAGAAACUCAACGAGAGGCUCGCCAAGCUGUCCGACGGAGUCGCCGUGCUCAAGAUCGGAGGAACGAGUGAUGUGGAGGUGAACGAGAAGAAGGACCGUGUGACUGACGCUCUGAACGCCACGCGGGCGGCUGUGGAGGAGGGAAUCGUACCGGGCGGAGGCUGUGCUCUGCUGCGCUGCAUCCCAUCGCUGGAUACCGUCAAAACCGCCAACGCUGACCAGAAGAUCGGUGUGGAGAUCAUCAGACGGGCGCUCCGUAUUCCCGCCAUGACCAUCGCCAAGAAUGCCGGCGUGGAGGGUUCUCUGGUGGUGGAGAAGAUCCUGCAGGGCUCAGUUGAUAUCGGCUACGACGCCAUGCUGGGAGAAUACGUCAACAUGGUGGAGAAGGGCAUCAUCGACCCCACCAAGGUGGUGAGGACGGCCCUGCUGGACGCCGCAGGAGUCGCCUCCCUGCUCUCCACUGCCGAGGCCGUGGUGACGGAGAUCCCCAAGGAGGAGAAGGAGAUGCCAGGAGGCGGCAUGGGCGGCAUGGGAGGAAUGGGAGGCAUGGGAGGAGGCAUGGGUUUCUAAGCCGAUCCUCCUGACCUGCUGUACAGACUUAGUGGUGCUGGUGGUGCUGGCGAGGUGGCUGAGGAGAAAUCCUCCACGAAAACUGCAGCCACCUCCACCAAACUUUGCCCACACCGACUGGCCACGAUGAGUAUGUUGGAGCUGCAAACGUUUGAUGACCCCCCCACUUUCCACUACGUCACACGAUGAUUCUGCCUCUUCGUCCAGGGUUUCUUGAGGAGUCUGCCUCGCCUGAGGACGAGAGCCCAUCAAGCCUAGUUUACUUCACCUGUACUCCGCUCUAAAGGCUUAAAACAUCCAACGGAGAGAAACAUACCUACACAGAUUUCAUAGUAAACAUAUUGUUGUAUCUGCAUUACUGCAAAGAGAGAGCGAGAAAAGAUGCCUAGCCUGGAAUAUGUCCGUGUCCUUUUUAUUUUGUCAUAGUAUUUUGUUAAUUCUUGUUCUUUUUUUAUAUAUAUAAUAUAUCUGUAGUGUUUUGUUUCCCUCCGGCUAAUAUCAUGUCAUUUGAUUUAAUUAAACCAUUUUUUCUUACAGAGCUUUGAGCAUUGUUUUUGUGACUUUCUCUGAAGUGAUAUUUGCAUUUUAUGUCCGUGUGCGUGACCACGAUGGGUGAAGAGUGCCUACAUUACCAGAGUUUGAGUUUCACCAGGGGCCUGUUUCUAAAAGCUGUUAAAUUUAAGAUGAUGUUUACUGAGAUGUCUGUGGGAGUCAUUAUUAUCAUGCAUGCAGCAUUGUGAGGUUUUUGAGCAUCAGCCAGUAUGUCGAUAAUCUCUAUUAGUCCAUGAUUGUUGAUUUAAAAAAUAUAUAUAAAAAAUGGCUGAUUGAAUGUGAGACGUGGGGUUUGAGUUACAAAACAGUUUGGAUCGUCCAAGGUCUCGGCUACAAAGUCUAAAUGUGAAAAUGUGUGGUGUCGUUUUGCUGUUAAACAUAUUUCCUCAUACGCUCUGCUUUAACUACAAAAAACCAGAUAUAUUACUUACAUAAAACACACAGGGUGUUACUCAUUUGCAAAAUGGCAAAUAACAUCGAUCAUUCAACUUGUUUUGUACGAUAUAUACGAUGAUUAAUGGUGAUUUUCUUUUUUUUUAUUUAAUAAAUUCAAUUGUUCAGA